AUGUCCCCUCAUCAGUCAGGGGCGCCCACGACCGUUGAGAUUCUGUUUUGUGGCCCGGCCAGCAUGUAUGAGAAGUCACUUUUGGAGGGGGGCGGAACAGGAUCUCAUCAGUCGGGGGAUGACACCUGUCUUGACGUUCAUGCGAAAUGGCUGAAGCUUGGAAAUAGAUGGCUAGAGGAGUUCCCAUGGCUUGACCGCAAAAGAGAUGGCAGCGGUCGCGUGGUCCUGGCGUUUUGCAAAGCUUGCAAGCUUUACGGAGACUUCCAUGCCGAAUUUCGCACAUGUAAAUCCCUCCAGAAAAGCCACUUUGAGGAGCAUUCGAAGACCAAAAGGCACCAAGCUGCAGUUAGCAAUCCAGACAUCCGAUUGGGCAUCGUGGCUCCCCCCGUGCCGGUUUUUGUAGAGGCUUUGCAGCUUGUCCGGCAAGGGAAAGCAGGCGGUCCCCAAGGCACAAAGACUUUGAAACGAGAGAAGCUCCUGAAGGCCAAGUUCUGCUUGGCGGAAGCUUUGCGGAUCCAGUCCCGCUUGCGACUGCUGGAUUGCAAUUGUCUUACCUUACAUUCAGAUGCUUCAAAGGGAAGGUUGGUGCUGCGAGGCCAGGGCUGCGGGGCGGAGCUCAAACCUGUGCAUGUCUUGCUCGGGUGCAAGAAACUGGAGGAAUUCGACGCUCAGGGGAUCGUAAAGUGUAUCCUGUCCAUGUUAGUAGAGUUUUGCACGCCGUUCCUGCGUGUCGAUUGGUUCCAAGACGCCAAACAUCAGGAGGCCAUGGGUUCUGCGGCAUGCCCAGUCCAGGAAGCCCCUGAGCUCACUGGUCAGCGCAAUCCGACCUCUGUUCCUGGGUCUUGUCCCGACCUGGACAAACAUUUGCUAAAGCAUGUCCUACAGAUGGUUGAAGUGUUCAACGCAGACGCUGCUGCAGACGAACAAUUAGCAGGGCAACUCCUGGCGUCCGACGUCUCUGCGAUCGUGGAUGCUGCUACAUUUGGGGCAAGACGCGGUGAUGGGGUGAUUGAGGCAACGGAAGUCGCCACUGCAAGCUUCAAGCAGGUGUUCCCAAACCUUAAGGUAAUUAACAGGGACAAGCCGCACGGGGCCAGGAGAAUUGUUUCGAGAACUUUUAAGUGCGAUCCCGUGCUGAACAACUUGGUGGACAAGGUCUUCAUGUCGUCAGAUUCCAUAGUUCAGCAGAUCCACUUCAGCGAUGUAGUGCGUCAUGUGUAUGCACAAAACGUGCGCGCCAUGCAAUUCACGCCUCUGUGGAAAGAAAUGUCUGAGAAAUUUUCCGCUGCCAAGCAUCGCUUCGACACAUGGAGCAUGCCUUUCGCAAAAGUUUACCUGACUUUGGAGGCGGUCGUCAGAACCGCACAACUGCACGAGGAAAGGAAACAUGAAAAAGUUGGCCACGCAGGUAGGACAUUCCUUGGCUUGCUUUCUGAGGAAACCGUGGUGCUCAUGGGUAUGCUGGCGGACGCAGGGGGGGAAAAUCUGCAACUGACCAGACGCCUGGAUUCAGAAAGGGUCACGUCUGGAAGCUUAGCCCUAUUGGUGCAGCAAUUUGUGAUGCGCUUAGAAGUAUUGUUUGUCAAUGGUGCUGUGAAAAAGACCGGCUACACGGCGCAUGUCUUGAAAGUCUUGGAGACGCCAAAAAAUCCAAAAACACUCUGCGUGGACAAGGUGGUGAAGCGUCUUGGUGGCUUGCCCCGGCAGCAGUUGGCUGUUAUUGUAUGCAACUGCUUGAAACGAUUCAGUUCUUGGGUGAGAUUGGCGCAGGAAGUCGUCGCAGCUUUAGUUCCCAUACUUUGA